AUGGGACUGUUCUUGAAGACGGCGCAGACCUUUAGGAGCAACAUCCACGAGCCCCGCUACAAUCCGUAUGAAUACCCGCCUCCACAGGGACAGUAUGGAGCUCCACCGCCACAGGGACAGUAUGGGGCGCCGCCUCCACCGGCACAGUACAUCCAGGCUGCAUUCCAGUCCAGCGAGUCUAGUUGGUCGAUAUAUCGUGGUUUCAGCUACUUGCAUGCCCGUGUUAUACUUCAACUACAGGACGAACUUCGGUGUUUGGAGGACAAACUGGUAGAUCUUGACGAGAUGGAUCUCGAGAAUAGUAAUAGAGAUCAUCUGAUGUCUCGGAAGGACGACCUGCAGCAAGCCAGGAGAGAAGAGAAGGAGAGUGUACGUGCGGGACUUAUAAGCACUAUACAAGACAAGCUUGUCAACUAUAAUGAGAUACUAGCAAAGGCGCGCGAUCUUAACGCCUUCCAACGGCCGUCGAAUCGUGAUUACUAUAGCUUUCGCACUUGGUUCUGGAAUGAGAAGCCACGAGGAAUGCCAGGGAUGGACUCCUUAUCCAUAAUCAACAACACGGGCUCCGAGUGCUUCGCCAACCUGAACUCCGAUGAGUAUCUGUCUGACAAGUACCCAAAGCUCCAUGUCCAGCCAGAGGCCGACCUGCGCACAUGGCGUGGUUAUCUCGAUGAAAUCUGGACGCUAUUCGAUGGUCCUCUCGACUUCAUGAGGGUCGCCGUCGAGAAGGCACAGUGUCUUCCUGGAUAUCAAAGCUCCAUUCGCAAAGUCCUUCGGGGCGCAUGUUCCCUCAGUCCGAAGGUGCUUGCAUUACUCAUGACAGCCAAUUUGAUCCCGAGUGCUCAAGCCCAAAGGCAUGAUCUUGUACGGGAAUGGGGGAUACGUACUACUGGCGCAGUCACCGGAGGUUUUAGUAUCCCGAUCGCUGCAAUGGACCCCAAAACUGUCAGUCCUGGCCUUUGGUGGGGACUGAUUGCAGCCUGGGUCGUCACAACGGUGAUGUUCGUUGCGACCAACACCUACGUCAUUCCAAGGGGUCAUCGGAUGCGCUACUUGUGCACGUUAUUGCUCGUGGAAGGGCUUUUCGUGGUUGUCUUUGUGACGGCAUUGAUUCACGAUCCAGUGAAGAUGGCGACAAAGAUCCUCGCCAACAUGCCUGUUUUGACUGUCAUCAUCGCUGGGCUGUUGCCGCUUGCUUUCGAUUAA